AUGUCGAAUUCGGCAGAGAACAAUAUUGAGGCAAAUGCGCGAAAUACUGAUGUUUCAUCGGUUGUUCAUAGUAAUAAAGAUGUCGAAGAACCAUCUACGAAAAUGAGAACGGUGCCAAAUGUCGCACUCGCAGAUGCGACGGCGAAACAAAAACCUUCGUUGUGGACUAGGAGAAUGUUUCAACUCUACGGCAUCCUCUUCCUCGCAACCCUCAAUGCGGCAGUCAAUGGUUACGAUGGAAGUGUAAUGAGUUCUAUUAACUCCUACGCGCAGUAUCGAAGUUACUUUGGAUUUUCACUGGUAGAGGGAACGCCGGCUACGGGUAUUGUUUAUGCAAUUUUUACGAUUGGGAAUUUGGUGGGGGCGGGGUUUGCGGGGCCGGCUGCUGAUUGGAAAGGGAGACGUUGGGGCAUGUUUUUGGGUGCGGGGAUUGUUAUUGUGGGGGCGGUUGUGCAGGCUACGAGUGAGAGUUUGGCGGCGUUUAUGAUUGGGAGGUUUUUUUGGAUGCUUCAGGAUGCUGAUAAGAAAGGCGUCGGCGCUGCGAUGGGUCCAAGUUCGGCCUUGCCUUAUGUAAGCGAGAUGGCACAUCCAUCUUUUCGAGGUGCUAUGACGGGUGUUUAUACUACAUUCUAUUUUGUGGGCGCUAUACCAGGAACUUUCAUACCAUACGGCACGAGUUACAUCAAUGGAUCACAAGCUUGGAGAAUUCCUUUAUGGCUUCAGAUGAUGUUCUCUGGAAUCGUGUUUGUUUCAGUCUUGUUCUUGCCGGAGAGCCCAAGAUGGCUGAUAGCCAAUGAUCGACAUGAGGAAGCCCUUGAUAUCAUGGCAAGCUUUUCAAAAGAUGAUCGGCAUUCUCCUCUGGUGCAACUAGAACUUCGCGAAAUGAUGGAAGAGAUUUCGAAAACGGGGGCGGAUAAACGAUGGUGGGAUUUUAGAGAGUUAUUUGACUCGAGGGAAGUUAGGUAUCGGACUAUGUUGACUUGUGCUAUUGCAUUGUUUGGGCAGUGGACUGGUAAUGGUCCGGUUAGUUACUAUUACCCACAAAUGCUAGCAGGUGCAGGAAUUGAGGAUAAUCAUACUCAAUUGCUCCUCCAAGGAAUGCAGUCAGUCCUCUCCUUCGCCGGAGCUCUCAUAGGAGCCGCCUACACCGACCACUGGGGCCGACGACCCCAACUCCUCAUCUCCACCUCCAUAAUCUCGCUCCUCUUCCUCAUAAUCCUGAUCAUCAACGCUCUCAAUACCACCACCUCCCCCACAACCCAUCUCACCGUUGCAAAAUCCUCAGCAGCAUCUAACGCCGAAAUCGCCAUGAUCUUUCUCUUCAGUUUCGUGUUUGCGGUGGGUUGGACUCCUAUGCAGGGACUGUAUGCUGUGGAGGUUUUGAAGUAUGAGAGUAGGGCUAAAGGCAUGGCGCUCUAUACGUUGGUGGGAAAUGUGGCGGGUUUUUAUAAUACUUUUGUUACGGGAAUUUGCGUUUUCGGGGGCGGAUUUAUCUUCUGGGAUUUAUUAGAAGUUGCCUUCAUAUACUUCUUCUUCGUAGAAACCAAAGGUAGAACACUCGAAGAACUUACCGAAAUCUUCAAUGCGGCGAAACCAGUCAAGUACUCGUUGCAGAAAUCAGAGGUGGUUGUAAGAGGAACUGAGGGUGUAAGUGAGGUUUUGGGGAAGGAGAUAGAGAUGCAGAAUUUAGGUUGA